AUGGACCUCCACCGGCCCUCCUUUAAGAUGGACAGCUCCUCCUACCUGCCCAGUCCCCUGGCCUCCCCAGCCCUAAUGGUGCUGGCCUCCACAGCCGAGGCUGGCCACGAUUCCUCCAUCCCCUGCCAGGCCCCACGGCCUUUCGGGGUCCCCAUCUCCGAGAAGGAGCUCCACCUCCCCUUCCCCUCUGGCUCCUACACAUUUGCCUCCAUGUACCACCGCCAGGGGCCCGUCUCCAGCCAUGGCACCUUCCCCGCCAGAGACUUCCCUGCCUCCCUGCUCCACCUCCACCCCCAGUUCCACCCCCCCAACCUGGACUGCUCAUCUCUAGGGAUGCUCAACCACAGCGGGGUAGGGGCCUUCAGACCCUUCUCCUCCCCGCCUGAGGAGAGGGAGGUCAGGGGUUAUCAGUCAGCCUUCACCCCUGCUAAGAGGCUCAAGGGCUGCUAUACCGACUCGGAAAGGAAGCAGUAUGAGUUUGGAGGAGGGCGUAUUCUCUCUGGUUCGCCGUGGUCGCUCAAAGCCGCUGAGGAUUCUGGGAGGAAGUUGUUUGCGGUGUCUGGCCUGCUGUCAGACAGUGAGGCCUUGUCUAGUCCUGAGGACCGUAAGGAAGGCUGUAAGGGGAACGUCCUGUAUGACUCCCAGGCCCCAGUGUGUCCUGUGUGCCAUGCUGUAUUACGACCAGGUGAGCUACAGGAGCACAUGGAGCAGGAGAUGGGCAGACUGACACAGUUACAAAUCAGUCCCUCUCACUAUCUCUGCACAUUAAACGUGAGGGGGGAUCCCCCACCUCUCCCCCCUGCCCACCUGAAGACCCCCACUCAGACAGAUACCAGUCGAUUACCUCCGCUGGUGCUGGUGCUACGCCAAACCCACCCCAUUUCAUCCCCACAACGAAACUCCCCAGACAGCACACAAACUGUCAGGAUCGGCAAGCUGAAGAGGAGGAAAGCGGACGAAGUUCAGGACAUUUUGGUGGACCUGGGAGGAGAGGGGGUGCAGUGGAGGGAGCGGAGGAGGUUACAGAUGACAUCCAUGCUGGGGGGGUUUAAAGGGUCGGUAUUUGUGAGCAGCAGCACAUCUAAUGAGGGCCGCGGUGACAGUGAUGCUGACCUGGACGUUGAUGGAGACGACACCGCGGACUACGGAAGAGCACAAUAUACAGAGGCAGACAUCAUCCCCUGUUCACAACGGGAGCCUGGGGAGGUGGAGGAGAGGAAAGCACUGAGGGGGGCUGUUUUAAAUGUUGGAACUCUGUCCAACAGAGUAACUCUGGAACAUUCGAAAUGGACAAAUGAGGGAUGUCCAUCCACCAGCAACGGAGAACGCAACAAACUGGACAACAGCAUAAUCUCCCUACACAGGACCUGUAAAAACAGUGACAUAGAGACGGUCUCUGAGGAUUCGGCACUCACGACACUCGAUGCACUAAAAACUCGGAUACGAGACCUAGAGAAGCAGAUGUCCAGAGGAGACAGAUACAAAUGUCUCAUCUGUAUGGACACAUAUACUACGCCCCUCACCUCCAUCCAGUGCUGGCACGUCCACUGUGAGGAGUGCUGGCUCCGCACACUGGGGGCUAAGAAGCUUUGUCCACAGUGUAACACCAUAACUUCACCUGGGGAUCUGAGACGGGUGUAUCUGUAA